AUUACGAAGAAGUGGGUGAGGCUGAUAACGUUGUAACGCGAAUUAGUUUCGUUUAUCUUUCCUUUUAGAUAACUAAUUGUAGACUAUCCUUGCUGACGGAUUUAUGUGACGGUAAAACCAUCCUAAUUAUAGUGAAACAGUCGAGGGAAGUUUUCCAAAAUGGGGUCUCUCUUUCGCAGCGAAGAGAUGACUUUAUGUCAGCUUUUUCUUCAAAGUGAAGCCGCAUAUGCUUGUGUUUCGGAGCUCGGAGAACUCGGCCUUGUUCAAUUUCGAGAUUUGAAUCCGGACGUGAACGUAUUCCAAAGGAAGUUCGUCAACGAGGUUCGAAGAUGCGACGAAAUGGAACGAAAACUUCGAUACUUGGAGAAAGAAAUCAAAAAGGAUGGUAUCCCGAUGCUAGACACUGGCGAAAGUCCCGAAGCUCCUCAACCCAGAGAAAUGAUCGAUUUAGAGGCCACGUUUGAAAAACUAGAAAACGAAUUAAGAGAAGUAAACCAUAACGCCGAAGCUUUAAAAAGGAAUUUUCUCGAGCUUACCGAAUUGAAACAUAUCUUACGUAAAACCCAAGUGUUUUUCGACGAGGAUUAUGAGGGAGAUUCGAAUCACUAUGCGCAGAUGACUGAUCCUAGUCGGGAGGAGGAACACGUCUCGUUACUCGGAGAGGAAGGACUUCGGGCCGGUGGACAGCAGUCGUUAAAAUUGGGAUUUGUAGCCGGCGUUAUUCUAAGAGAACGGAUACCCUCGUUCGAGCGUAUGUUGUGGAGAGCCUGUCGCGGUAACGUGUUCUUGAGGCAGACAGAAAUCGAUAGUGCUUUGGAAGAUCCGUCUACGGGAGACAAAGUACUGAAAUCCGUAUUCAUAAUCUUCUUCCAAGGAGACCAGCUCAAGACCAGGGUGAAGAAGAUUUGCGAAGGAUUCAGAGCAACGCUGUAUCCGUGUCCAGAAACGCCAGCUGAUCGUCGAGAGAUGGCCAUGGGUGUGAUGACUCGUAUCGAAGAUUUGAAUACAGUAUUGGGUCAAACACAAGACCACAGACAUAGAGUUCUCGUCGCUGCAGCCAAGAAUGUCAAGAAUUGGUUCGUUAAAGUGCGCAAAAUCAAAGCCAUUUACCACACGUUGAAUUUGUUCAAUUUAGAUGUUACCCAAAAAUGUCUGAUAGCUGAAUGCUGGGUGCCUUUAUUAGAUACCGAAUCCAUCCAAUUGGCUUUACGUCGAGGAAUUGAAAGAAGCGGUAGCUCUGUUCCUCCAAUUUUAAAUCGUAUGGAUACGUUCGAAGAUCCUCCGACGUAUAAUCGAACUAAUAAGUUUACCAGCGCUUUCCAAGCCUUAUUCGAUGCUUACGGUAUUGCCACUUAUAGAGAAAAUAAUCCGACGCCAUAUUCAAUCAUUACAUUCCCAUUUUUAUUCGCUGUCAUGUUUGGCGAUUUCGGACACGGUGUGUUGAUGGCGUUGUUCGCCGCAUGGAUGGUGAUGAAAGAGAAGCCCUUAGCUGCCAAGAAAACCGAUAACGAGAUUUGGAACAUAUUUUUCGGCGGUCGUUACGUCAUACUGUUGAUGGGAUUAUUCUCCAUGUACACUGGUCUCAUUUACAACGACGUGUUCUCCAAAUCAUUGAACACAUUCGGCUCCCACUGGAAGGUGAAAAGUGUGAAUGAAUCAGUCUACGAGACCAACCCAGACUUGACACUUAAUCCAAGUUUUGACUACACCGGAACACCGUAUCCAUUUGGUAUCGAUCCUGUGUGGCAGUUGGCCUCCAAUAAAAUCGUCUACCUGAACGCGUACAAAAUGAAGAUCUCCAUCAUUUUCGGAGUAUUUCACAUGUUGUUCGGUGUAAUUUUGAGUUACUCGAAUCAUACGUACUUCAAGAGGCCAUUGAACAUUAUCUGCGAAUUCAUACCACAAGUUAUAUUCUUAACAUUCCUUUUCUUGUACAUGGUGCUUUUGAUGUUCCUGAAAUGGAUGCUCUAUGGACCUUUGGACCGCACGCUUACAGGAGAUGCUGAAAUAGAGGAUUUCAAAUCCGGACCCGGAUGUGCUCCUUCGAUUUUAAUCACAUUUAUCAACAUGGUGCUGUUCAAGUACAACGUGACUCCGUUACCCAAUUGCGGCAGUGUGUAUAUGUUCGGUAUCCAGGAGCCGCUGCAAAAGUUCCUGUUAUUCAUAGCUAUGUUAUGCAUUCCGUGGAUGUUGUUCGCUAAACCGGUCCAUAUCAUGAGGGCCAGAAAGAAGGAACACGAAAUGCUCGCCAACAACCACAUAGUUGGAGAAAAUGGCGACAUCGACGGACACGCAAAUUCCAACAACGUAACGUCGCAUCCUCCGGCAGCAGCUGCUAAACCCGAAGGAGGCGGUGGAGGACAUGGCGGUCACGGAGACGAAGAAGAUAUCGGAGAACUCUUUAUCUACCAAGGAAUCCACACUAUCGAAUAUGUGCUCGGAUCGAUCAGUCAUACCGCUUCGUAUCUGCGUUUAUGGGCCUUAUCCUUAGCUCAUGCUCAAUUAUCGGAGGUAUUGUGGAGUAUGGUUAUGAGAAACGGAUUACAAAGCGAGAGUUGGAUAGGAGGUGUCAUGUUAUGGGCAAUGUUCGCUUUCUGGGCUGUAUUAACCGUUGGCAUUCUCGUCCUGAUGGAAGGUCUGUCUGCCUUCUUGCACACACUUCGGUUACAUUGGGUCGAAUUCCAAAGUAAAUUCUACUCCGGUCUCGGUUACAGUUUUACGCCAUUCUCUUUCGAAAUCAUCCUAGCUACAGCAUCGUCCAGUCUAGAAGAGUAAACGAUGAUUAUUUCAUAAAUUUUAACCAGUUCGAUCAUGUUUUUUGUUUUUUAUAGUUAUUUAAAAUCUAUUUCGGCGCGCAAAUCUUGUUCAGCCAUGUGUAUCCCAUCCUAUUGAUAUUUACAUGUACUUAUACAAUAUUAUAAGUCCGUGCCAAUUAAUCGUUCCAUCAGUAGGUCUUACCAUUUCCCCCCUCCUUUUCAUUCGUUUGAUCAAGUAUUAUGAUCAUUCAUACUCACUUAUUGUAUUCUUUUUUCCUACUUGUUUACAAGUUGUGUACUUAAUUAGAUAGUUUUAUUGAAAAUUUAUUUAAUGGUCUACUGUGUAUUCCUGAUGGCUGAGUUAUUUUACGUGGUUAUGUUAGUUACUUUAAUAGAAUCAUGUAGAAGACCGGCUUGAAUUUUAAAUUUUAAUUAGUGUAGCGAGUAUUCGAUUUAAUUAGUUGCUUGAAAUUAUGUGUGUAUAAUACCGAUUUCUAUUUCCUAUAUAUUUAUUUGAAUAAUUUACCUAUGGAUAUACGAGUACUAUUUACAAUGACGUGAAGAAUAGAGAAGUAAAACCAUAGAUUACCUACCAAAGAUGAUCGUACAAACUACAAAUGGAGAAUGAUUCUCAUUGAAUUGUGAUGUAGAUAACCCAUCAUUGCUGCGUUAAUGCAGAAAAUCAUGAAGUGUGUGCGAUUAUCGUAGCAUUUACAUAGUUAAUUCAUCAUUUUAUUUCGCGUGUUUAGUUUUAAAUAAAUAAACCAGCAGUGUUUUAAAUAUACCAUGUUGAAGUUGUAUUGUAA